UAAAUUAUCUCUCAUUAAAUGUCCUUGAAAAUAAUGGUAUAUAUUAUCAAGUCGCUUCAGUCUGGCCCCGCAGCUGUUAGCUUAUCAGUCACUUUAGAGUGUUCCUCCGCUCGAGGCAGACCCUCUUGUUGUGAACAAGCGCACGCAAAAAUGGCCGUUGAAGAGGAUAUUUUUGGAACCUUUUUCGACGAGGAAACGAAGACCGACGUUCUUGUGAAAAGGUUCACCCUGAAAAACUCCAACAACGUCAGUGUGCAAAUCAUCACCUAUGGGGCUACUAUCACGACGAUUAAUAUUCCUGACAAGAACGGGACUCUCGCUGACGUCAAUCUCGGUUUUGAUGACAUGAAUGGCUAUUUGUUAAGUACAAAUCCAUACUUUGGAGCGGUUGUUGGCCGAGUGGCUAACAGGAUUAAAGGGGCGCGGUUUUCCAUCAAAGGCCAGCAGUAUAACGUCGCCGCAAACCGCGGAGAAAAUCACCUGCACGGUGGCAUUAAAGGAUUCGACAAAAAAAUUUGGGCUGCCAAUGUGGAAGGAUCGAAAGUGACGUUCUCCUAUUUGAGCAAGGAUGGCGAAGAGGGGUACCCUGGCGAUUUGCUCGUGAACGUGACCUAUUCGCUGAGUGAGGACAACGAACUCGUGCUCGAAAUGAAGGCAACUUGCACCAAGCCCACUCCAGUCAACCUGACAAACCACGCUUACUUUAAUUUGGCUGGCCACAAUGAAGGAGCCAAAGAGAUCUACGAGCACGAGCUAAUGUUGAACGCAGAUUCUUACACACCAGCAGUUGAUGCUAUUCCUACUGGCGAAAUUGUGCCUGUGAAAGGUACUCCGUUUGAUCUGCAGACGCCGAAAUUGCUGAAAAAAGCCAUCCCUGAAACGCCAGAAAAUGGCUAUGAUAAUAAUUUCUGCGUCAUCCAAAAAAAUACUGAGAAUGGACUCAACCUCGUUGGAAGAGCUUUGCACCCAAAAAGUGGAAGGGUCAUGGAAGUAUUUACUAAUCAGCCAGGCGUUCAGCUGUAUACAGCAAAUUUCGUGCCGGAAGACGAUUCACUGCCUGGAAAAGGAGGCUGCUUCUACAAAAAACACGGCGCAUUUUGCUUGGAAACACAAAACUACCCAAACGCUGUGAACCAAGCAAACUUUCCCAACUCCGUUCUUCUGCCCGGACAAGCGUACAUACACACUGCGCUCUACAAGUUUUCGGUUCAAAAGUAGCGAUGUUUUGAAUUUAGUAGAAAACUUGUUACUGACAAAUAAAAAGUAAAGCUUGCGUCUUUUGUUGCUACGUUUGAAUAUUUAUAA